CCGUCGACCGCGACGAGCGAGUGUCUUCCUCGGGCGACGGAGGUGCGGCGCGCAGCCUUGUCCCGGGAGUCCUGACCGCGAGAUCGCACAGAGACUGAUAAUUAAUGGACUGGAAACACCUCCCAUUUACCACAACGUGAGUUUUACGAAAAUCGGGAAGAUAAUAAACUCAGUGAUCAAGAACUAUACUGACGGAGGUAUGAGAAUGUCGCUGCAGCCACAGAAAAUGCUGCUCCUCUUGGCGUGCGCUGCACUGCUGCUGCAGACGGGGAGGUCUCAGGAAGGCGAUGCCGAAACGACGACGUCCAGCGCAGAUGCGGUCGCACUCGCGAGGAACAGCGACUACGAAGAGGAGGGAGACUAUCUCCCGGAACCUUCGGCAUUCGUGUCUCCCCAGAGCUCAAAGAUAUCAGGUCUGUUCGGGGGGAAGCCGUUCUACCUGGAAAAGGACCCUGUGACCGGGGUCGUAGACUUCAACACGAGGACAGUGAAGGUCAACAGCAGCAGCAAUAAAGUUUCUAACGACGGCGGGAGCGAAGAACAAAGUAGUGUUGCAAGUCAAAGUGACCAUAAAGAUUCCAGCACUGAUUCAGACCCCAGGCCAAACAAUAUUAUUCCUUAUAAGAACUUUCCUGGUAACCUCAACGAAUUCACCAACUUACGAGUCCACGAUUACAGCAAUCACAAAUAUCACAACGAUAAGUUUCCGCUGAUAUCUAGUUCCUAUGCAAAUACUAAAGUGCAAGGAACUGCUGGUAGCAACAAUAAUCACAGGCCUCUGUCUACAAGCCCAACACCACACCCAUUUUACUACACCAUGAACAGGGAAACUUCUACAAGGACCUCAACACCACCUUCUACAACCACCACCACCACAACCACUAUAGCUAACUAUAGUUACGACGAGUAUGAGGAGUUCUACGAAGAUUCUCAGGAGCAGAAUGAACAACAUGUUUCCGGUGGCGACCAGGAUUUCUCUGUACAUAACAAAGAGUCUCAAACUCAACCAGGAACAUCAUUUCCACACGUUGAAAAACCAGACUGGAUCAAUUCUGGCAAGCCACAAAUACCAGAAAAUCAAACUUCCUCGCCCAGUAAAAAUAAUGAAGCUGUUAACACUGCUGGGCUCUCAAAUAAACCAAACACGUCAUCAGUACAACCAGGUUAUGGUUACGGAACAAAUUAUGGAGUAGUGCAAAACCAUGCGGAGCCAUCUUUUUCAUCAAAAGAGCAGCAAUCACAUAAAAAUGUGAACUUCCCACAAAGUUAUUCUGACAAGACAUCCACAGAUGGACAAAACUUUGGAACUAAUUCAACUGGAAUACAUAACAUUUCAAGACCUAACCAGCAGUUUGAUCAUCAUUUUGAAGAAAACACAAAUGAACAAUCAAAUAACAGCCAGUAUAAUACUAACAACCAUUAUGCUAUCGAUAGACCACACCAAUGGAAUGGUGGUGCUCCGUACAUUCAUGAUUCCUUAUCAGAUUCAAACAGAAAACCAACUGGCUCAGACUAUUAUGAAACAGAUUUUGAAGGUGAAGAGGGAGAAUAUGAUGAUGAUGAUGAUAAUGCACACUAUCCUGGAACCCAAGAAAUGAAACACAAGCCUACAAAUCAGAAAUAUCCCCCUGUAUUGCCAGAACCCAUUAGUACAUCAUCCGAGCCACCAUUCAGAUUUACAACAAGUACACUUCAUAAAUACACUACUACAGUGAGCACUACUCAACCAACAACAGCACAAAGAAUUAUUAAAAUAACUACUUCAACACAACCACCAACAAGUACUUCUUUGCCAUUGUCACAAAAUAUUGUCACAUCUAUGCCUUUGGGCACACAUUUACAGUUCAAAACACCUUUACAACAAGCUACUCUCCCAAGGCAGCCUGAGCUCGGUGGAUUCCAGAAACCAUUGAAACAAAAACCAAACAUUUACCAAACGACAGUUAAAUCAACUGCUUCUGAACAGUCAUCAGGAUAUCUGCAAAAUUUGAGCACAAAUGUUGUGGUUGGCGCAGGUAUACAUCAAGUUGGUUCAGGAAGUUUUAGCCAGGAAGGUCAAAAUGUUCCUGUACGAGGACACUAUGUGAGCACUGCACUGCAGGCAAGGCCGUAUGAUGAAAAUGCAGAACCCUUCAAGCCAAUACUUGGUCCACUCGACAACAUGGAACAUGUCCCGAACCCAAAUGGAGAAGCUAACAUAGUGGUAAGAGGCGGUAUAGGAUUUGGCAGCGGAGGCCAGUCUCUCAAUCAUGAGGUUCUUUCCAGACCAAAGUAUCCUAGUACUGAUGGAAGCUUAUCCUCGUUCAAAUUUCCGACUCGCAUAGCAGAUAAGCAUCAACCACCAAAGGUUCAUGGAGUUGAACCACCACGACCAGAACCACCAUUAAUUUUCGAGUCUCCCAAAUUUCCUGGAGGUCAUGUUGUAUUUCCAGAAGAAAAGCCAGGCUCACUUGCUAAAAAUGAAUUAGUUACCAGUCAAACUGAAGUUAUGUUAGACAAAAUUACACCUCACGGUAGGCCCAUAAGUGAAGAGACUUUCCCUCCAAUAACUCUAAAUCAACAAAGUACAACACAGAAGAAGCAAUCACCAGGAAGAGAACCCAUUCAGACUCCAUCACCAUAUUUAAUUCCACCAGCAAAGCCAGAAACUCUGCUACCUACUCCAAACUGGGAUACACGUACAAAAUUACCUCCAUCAUCUCAGAACUACUAUCCUCCACAAAAUCAAAAAGCUAGACCUAAAAUAGACACAGUACUGCACAGUGCAGAGAUUCCUCCAAAUCGAGUAGUCAGACCGAACCCGAACAGUGGAAGGAGGCCUGGUAUUCAGAACAAUCUACCUAAUAUUCUACCCCAGUUCCGACCUAAUGCCAAAAAUUCCCAUGGACAAGUAGAGCAUAGUGUGAGGAUACAUCAGUACAUGCAGCAAAGACCACCGGUGAUAGGACAGAGACUUCCUGUUGGGUUAGUAGAGAGCCUGCAACCGCCACCACCUCCUCCACACAUCCGCAUAAACCGCAAUGAUGAUGCCGUCACAGAGGAUGAUACAGAGGGGCUCCUUCCGUUUGACGGCAUUCCACCGACUCCACCAGCGGUGCAGAGAAGACCUUUACUAGUGCAUCGAAGGAACGGACAGCACGUAUCCAGUCUUGCCAAUGGCCGACCUCCAGUUGCUACGUUGCAGAUGAUGCAGUCACGACCUCUUUCUAGAAGAGAUGAUUUUCCUGACGCCAAACACAAUUUUGCUCCCCCAGUACCAAAGUAUCAUUCAGUGCCUCCUGUAAAUGAAGAGGAAGAGUCCAGUGAUCACCCGUUAUUUGUUGUUUAUCCAGUAAACUCGGCUCCGGUCAACAUUCGAGGAGGUUCGGACAGUAGUGGCGUGGUAGUAGGAACUCGCGGUCCACAGCUCCCACUGCCACCAUCAAAUUUGGAAAAAGAAUAUGGUUUACAGACAGGAACUGAUAAUGGUGAAGACAGCAGCUCAGCAGCCAUAACAUUCAUUCAUCAUAAAGACCAAGAACCUUUGCUGCAACUUCCAAAAAAUAAGUAUGACACACCGAUUCUUAAAUCACCGUCUAAAUCAAACCAAAAUGUACCACCCUCCCCAUCAAAAUCUGAAUUUCCAUAUCCUCUUGAAAAACCUAAUGUUUUUAUAGUACACAGUGAGAAAAAAAGUGAUUCCUUUCCAGAGAGACCACAAAAUUUGAAUAAGAAUGAAAAUUUAUCAGAACACGGUGGUGACAAACACGACAAUAAUCCAGAAGAAACAUUUCAAGCAGAAGUUUAUAACAGCAAUGUCAAUGAACGUGAAGAUAAUGCAGAUAUAAACGUCAUACCAUACCUCCAAGAUUUCAUGCCAUAUGCUACAAAGAAACCUUAUUUAAAAGAAAAAUUCACAGACAAAGAACCUUAUGUCUAUGGGAACAGAAGCAAUGGUUGGACAUUAGUAGAUAAAGCCGAAGAAGCUAGGAUUGUCAACACACCAAAUUCAAACAAAGAAGUCAUACACUCUGCGGCACCAAUAUCAGUUACAUUAAAAACAGUGCAGUCAAGUUCCGCUCCUGUCUCCCUCGCAACUACAGUGCAUUCUUCUGGACCUUUCAGGAUUACAGACAAUCCCAGAACACCUUCCUCCCCACCCAGCCACCAUCACGCUGUCGUCGGGGCCGGAGGUUCGGAGUUCACUCUUUCAGCGGUGGUGCACACUCAGCCCCACGACAACCACCGGCCCGCCGGCGUGAACCCUCCCUCUGUGAGCGCGGUCACUUCCCCUCCGCCCCUCAACUUCCAGGCCCCGUUCCUGGCCAGCGCCAACGUCGGCGCCGCCCCGACCAACCAGGGCUGGAGCGUCGUCGGAGGCGGGGCGAGCGAGAUUGCGCGACUCGGGACCGUCGACAGGGCCGACUCGGUCGCCGGGGAGUCCGGCAUAUCGUCUGCGAGCACGGAAGGGAGUCACGACAAAGAGGCGACCAACUUUGACAUAGAGAACUUCAAACCGCAGCUGUUUGGAGGUUUCAAACCCAUCUACACCGAUCCCGAGGAUGAGGCAAGUGGACCACCUUCGCACUCGACAAGUGAAAGAGUGCAAGCUGCUGAAAGAGAAGAAAAGAAACUCUAGGCGGUAUUUCUUUAGAAACUCUACUAUCCUACGAGAACUCUCUUACGAGAACUCUAAGGCUUAAGGUAUUCGCCUACCUGGCACACAUUUUUGCUCUUUUACACCCUUUCUGAUGAUAUAAUUAUAGAGUCACCGCUUAAAGCUUCAAAUGUUCAUGGAACAAAUUGAAAUUACUGCACACCCACUCAUUGCCUAGUACAUCGAGGCAACUGGGCAUAUUUUGUACGUGCCAUGUUGCAUUCCACAUAAAAAUUAUAAUAAUAACACCAGGUAGGCAGAUCCCUUUAAGUCAUUUGAAGGCUGCAAAUAUCACUGUCUGACUUACGUGUCAAGUGAAUAUAGAAAUGGUUUUAUAAAAGUGAAUGAACUUACUAAAACGUAAGACAUUGCUCAUAUGCACAGACUGUUUAAUUUUGUAUUAAAUAAAAGCCAUUUUGGCAUCAACAAAAGUUUGAACACAAUCUAGUUGAAUAUAUUAAACCUAAAAAAAAAGUGAUUUUAAGCUGAUGCUUACAGAAUAUUUUUGGUUUAAAGUUACGAAAUUACUUCACAUACAAUGUUUACAGCAGAUUGGCCACUGGAAAAUCAAAUACAUUGAGUGACUGUUUAUUUUUAAGCUAUUUCAUCAAACAUCAUUAAAGCACAAACACUUUGCACGUUUCGAUGUUCUGAGCCAGUAGUUAGAAUUCUCAAAUAUUUAUUUUUUUGUAUUUAUUUAUUAUUAGGUGCCUAGUUUUAGAAAUGAGAGCACUACUGCAAAAUGAAUAUCGAAACAUAAGAAGUAUUUGGUUGCACAUUUCACACUUCUUAACAUCCAUGUGUAUUUUUUUUAACUGUAUUAACAAAGGUGAAUUUUAUGUAUUGAUGAACAUGAGCUUAGUUAUUAAUACAUAAGCAAUUGAAAUAGUGUACAAAUGUGUAAUUCAUAAUUGAUAAAAGCCUCUUAAACUUGCUAGUCAAAAAACUAACAUAAAAUAACUUUGGAGGUAAUUAAGUAACUUCAGCCCAAUACAACCCCCAGCAUCCAAAUAUAGUCAGGAUUUUCUAUAAUAAUUUUGUUGCCUUUUUUUAAAGAAUACUGUUACUUUUUAAAUUUUUAAUAAUUAUUUAAGUUCUUUGAAACAUUGCUAAGACACAUCUGUUCAUUUGUUUAUGAAUCACCUGAGCAGUUGUAACAUUUCAUAGCAGUGAAUGCAAUGCAAUUAACAUCAUGUAUGUAAUUAGAUUAUCUUAUCAUAUGUUUUGUAUUAUUUACAUGUUAAAGGGCACAAAACUCAAAAAUAAAACUUUUAAAAAGUUAAUAAACUUCCUUUACAUAUUGAGCAGAAGAAUCAUAGCUACAAAAAUUUUAUGCAGAAAAUUGAAACAAUGUUAACGUUAUCACAAUAGAAGAGUUACAAAAAAAAUCAGCUUUAUUGUACUUGCAGAAUUUUCUGUGGAGGAAUGGGUAACUGUUAUGGUGUUUGUUGUUAAGUGUAUCGUUUAUAAAAUUUUUAUAUGUUUAAACACACAUUUAUGCCUGGAAUUUUGGUAUAGUAAGUGGUUCUCAAGUGUUCUGAUAAAAUUAGUACAAGACUUAUAAAUAUACUGUUUUGGGCUACAUGUCCAACGAUGGCAAACGUUAGUUACAGUGCAGUUCGAAUCGGAAAUACAUGAAUUGAAACACUAUUUUUUUCGUGUUGCAUAAACAAAAUAAGAUAUAAGACUGUUAACGAUAAAACUGUGUUCACACGAUAAAUGACUUCAAAUGAACUGCACUUUGUCUACGAGGUCUACCCUCAUCCCCACCAACUUUAUAGCUGGUUUUCCAAGUCCUAAAUGAAAAUUCUUGGCAGUCUGUGACUGCUCAGGCUGCAAGAUUACUGCAGGCACGAAAAGAGAGUAAAAUAAACAUUUUAUCUAAAAUAUUAGUUGUUUUACAGUUCAAUACUGUAGGCCUAUGUUCUUUUGCCUGGAAGUAUAAAUGACUUAAGAUGUUAUUUUGAAAGAAUGGCUACAAAAGCCAUGAGUGAAAAAUGAUUUUAUAACAUUUUUCUGCAAAGAAGCUUUUCGUUUUUCUUUAAUUGGAAUGAGAGAAUUCACAUAUGUAUGUAAACUUGACUUUCUGUAAAUAGUUGUUUUAAUAAAUACUUGGAACACAAAUCAUAA